AUGGAGGGAAGCUUGGUCCAGAUCCGUCCUGCCGCCUCCGUAUGUCACGGCCCCGAGUACGACGGUGCUGCUUGUGCCAGCUUGUCUGGCCUGGCACGCGAUAGCGGAUGGCGAGCUUCCAACCCCGCAACACUGCAAGACUGGGUGUGGGAAAGCGACGAUGUCGCCGAGGAGGUAUGCCAUGUGGUGACGUCGCCGGAGGAAGCUCGACAGUCGGCCUGUCGCCAAGGCAGACUGCCUCUGUACUCGGCCGUGGUUCAAUCCACGGCAGACAUCCAGGCGACACUAAGAUUUGUCAAGGAUCACAAUCUCCGUCUUGUAAUUAAGAACACUGGCCAUGACUGCGCCGGGCGAUCUAGUUCCCCCGACUCGCUCCAGAUACAUACCAAUCUGCUCAAAGGCAUCACCUAUCAUGACAACUUUGUCAUCCGGGGCUCCGUCGGACAAGGCUCCGGGCCGGCAGUCACCUUGGGCGCAGGAGUCCUGCACUGGGAAGUGUACAGCGAGGGCGCCGAGAAGGGAUUCACGAUUGUUGGAGGAGAAUGUCCAACGGUCGGUGCCGUCGGCGGUUUCUUGCAGGGAGGUGGCGUGUCGAGCUUCCACAGCUUCACCAAGGGGCUCGCAGUAGACAACGUCCUGGAGUACCAAGUCGUGACCGCGAAUGGCGAGCUAGUUGCAGCAAAUGAGAACCAGAACCAAGACCUGUUCUGGGCCUUGAAGGGAGGAGGCGGAGGCACCUUUGGGGUCGUUGCUCAAGCCACCGUUCGCGUGUAUCCUGAUGAUGCCAUCACCGUCGCUGCCGUCAGGAUCUCAACGUCCCACUCAAACAAGCUGUUUUGGACCAAAGGAGUGGCCGAGCUUCUGCGUCUCUUGCAGCAAUUUAAUCAGCGAGGCUUCCCGGGGCAAAUCGUCAUAAUGGGCCCGAACCAAGGCUUUGUCCAGGCCACGUUGGAGUUCCAUUUCCCCAGCACGACAGACGAAUCGUAUUGGCAUCGCCUAAUGCAGGAGGAGAUGAGGCCUCUCCGCGGGCAUGGCAUUUUGACAAAUCUGUCCACAAGAGCUCGCGAAAAGGCAAGCGCAGAGGUUCGACUGAAGCCAGAUACUUACCCGCCGCAAUACGGCAUCGUGCAGGGAUCUGUCUUGAUCUCUGACGCACUCUUCAGUUCUGCCAGAGGUCCAACGGUUAUCGCAAGCAACUUUUCGCGUCUGAAUCUGGGGCCGAACGAUAUUCUAUUCACCAGCAACCUCGGUGGUCGUGUCACGGGCAAUGGCGAUAUUGACAUCCCCCUUCAUCCAGCGUGGCGCUCUGCUGCCCAGUUGAUCACCCUGGUGCGCGCAGUCGAGCCAUCAACUCAGGGGAAGCUGUCUGCCUUGCAAAGUCUCAACUCACAUGACAUGCCGAUCUUGUAUUCGCUAGAGCCCGACGAUAGGGUAUCGUACCGUAAUCUGGGUGACCCUUUCGAGGGGGAUUUUCAGCGUAGAUAUUGGGGGCCAAACUACGAGCGCCUCGCCUCGAUCAAAGCAAAGUGGGACCCCAACGAAGUGUUCAUCAGUAGACUUGGCGUCGGAAGCGAAGACUGGGAUGUCGAAGGAAUGUGCAGAAAGCCUCGCGGUGUCGGAGCUGUGGUUGCCCAGCGUUUCCGGCUCUGGAACAGUUGGAUAUUUAGAUGA